UAGCAAAUGGCAGUCAAUACAGUCAAAACCGAUUACAACGAUUAGAUAAGGAAUUAACUAUUUAAAAGCAAGCUAACACAGUCUUUCAGAACAUAGUUAAAGAAAUCAAGUUUCGGUUAAACACAGUUUUUUGAACCAUGAAGAAAUCACUAUUAGCCAUCCUAUCUUUCUUAUGCUUGGCACAAUACGCUUAUGCCACCAACGUAAUUUGUUACCACGGUACGUGGUCUUUUUACAGAACCGGAAAUGGUCAAUAUAAUUUCAGCAAUGUUCCUGCCAACUUAUGCACCCAUUACAUUUACACUUUCGCUGGACUUAAUGCCACUUCUUUUGAAGUAGUAUCCUUGGACCCGUGGCUAGAUAUUAACCUAAAUGGAUAUACUAGCGCAGUUAACUUGAAGAAGACCAACCCAAAUCUUAAGGUUAUCUUAGGUAUCGGAGGUUGGAAUGAAGGGUCUGCAAACUUUUCUAACAUGGCUUCUACGGCCACAAGCAGAGCUACUUUUAUCUCUUCCGCUUUAAGUUUAGUCCAAAAGUACGGCUUUGAUGGUUUCGACUUAGAUUGGGACUAUCCCGGCAGAAGGGAUGGUAAUAGUACUACCGAUAAGGCGAACUUUGCUUCCCUGGUAAAAGAAUUCCACGAUGUAUUUAACCCCCUUGGUCUUUUGGUAACUGCUGCAGUUUCUGCAACUCCAAGCACAGUAGAUAUUUCUUAUGACGUGUCUGUUUUAUCAGAUAACUUAGACAUCAUCAACGUUAUGGCAUUCGACUUCUGUGGCGCUUUUGAUACUGUUGCUGCCCACAACGCGCCCCUCUUCAGUUCUUCAAAGAUGGGAUCAACUUUUGCUGAGUUCAGCGUCAACGCCUCUAUUAACGGUUGGAUAGAACGCGGUGCCUCGCCUUCCAAACUGGCCCUAGGUGUUCCCUUCUUUGGUGCAAACAAUGUCCUCACUAAUGCCAAUAACCAUACUCCUGGAUCUGCUGCUACAGCUACUGGAUUGAGUCCUGGCGAUUACACUGCCUCAUCAGGACAUUGGGGAUAUAAUGAGAUCAUUGAAAUUUUUGCGGCCGGUGGGUGGACCCAAGCCUGGGACGACGACCAACAAGUGCCAUAUGCCUAUAACAACACCUCAUGGCUCAGUUAUGACAAUGUAGAUUCUAUAACUUUAAAGGUGGAAUUUGCAAAGAGUCUUGGUUUGAAUGGCAUCAUGCUUUGGUCCCUAGAAACCGAUGAUUUUCAGGGUUUGAAUGGUACUAAGAAUGCUCUUUUGAAUGCUAUUAUUACCGCAUUGAAUUAACACCUCAAUACGUACCAUUGCAACUACCGUCACAAUCACUACCACGGCUACCUCGACCAACUUAGUCUCCAGUGACAACUGAAGCUCUACUACUAGCUGAAGUUGCAUCGUCUCAGGCUAAGACUUUUUUUCUUUUUUUAAUAUUUUUCUUAUAUUUAACUGUGUGUUUAUGACUUAAACACAUAAUUUAUUUAUUUUUACAAAUAUAUAAAGUCUCGAAAUACU